ACUAUCGAUGCUUGUGACGAAAGCGUUCAAGUGAUUUUUUCCCUGCUUAUCGGCAAUGACACAGCUUUUGGGAUCCGUAUGGAUUCUAAGUGGUAAAUAUGUAUGUAUAUAUACUACUUCAGUGAAUGGUUCCUCAGCUGACCGUUGUCGAUGAGAAGAGGACGCUGCAGUCAUUCGCGAAAUUGUAUUAGGAUUUCAAUGCUUGCAACUUCUGAACGUGCGAUAACGCGACAGUGCUACACCAAGCGGCCAAAGCCUGAGAUUGUAAUUAAUACUACAACCAGGUUUGAUAAUGCUUCACUGGCAAUGAUAUUAAAAGUGUAGUAGCAGAGACAGUACAUACGUAGUAGUAGUAAGUAAUCACAGUGGUGCAGUGUGGUGUGUAUGCGAUUAGUAGUGUCGGUCCGUUCAUAUUUUUAUGGAGUCACAUCGAAUUUCGAAGCUGACUGGUUUUCUGUGAUUCGAUACUGCGAGUUAUAACCUGAAAUCCAUUCGCAACCAAUUGUCGUACGCUCGUAGAAUCUAUGAACAGAGAAAACCUUCGAAUAGUGUGAAUCGCGUUGACGUUAUGAGAGAAAAAAUAUUUGACAAAGUGUCGUAUACUUCAUUCCCAUGGCUAAAGGAAAAUUAAGGGGCUCGGAUUCUAAUAAUAAGUUAACAGCUUCCAAUGCUACUUUUAAAAAUGGAGAGACUUAUACGUCAGAGUUUGAGAUUAAUGAAAUACCACCUAGUGCCCGCACGUUACUUACAAAGGGUUACAUACAAGAUGAAAUCAACUCCUAUUCAGGUGCCACUGUAUCAACGCGUGGGCGUUUUAUGACAGAGCAGGAAAAAAUACGCUGUCCUAAUGAACGUCCCUUGUACUUGUAUAUACAGGGCCAUACAAAACAUAAUGUAGACUUGGCUAUACAAAAGAUUCAUGAGAUCAUUAAGACAGAACACCAGAGUUCGUUAAAUAGGCCAAGUAGAUUUACUAAUGCGCCACCUCCGCUUAUGAGUUUACAUUCCGGUAUUACAUCUGUGGAAAAGAUUUGUGUUGGUAUAGAAAAUGCUCCAGAAGGGUUUGAUUUACGAGGUAGAAUUAUAGGUGCAGGUGGAGCAAAUUUGUUAUACAUUAGAGCAGAAACUGGUGCGAAUGUAACCUUAAGAGGCAGAGGAUCACAAUUUGUUGAUUUAGGUUUAGGAACCGAAUCUCCGGAACCGCUUCAUUUGUAUAUAGAGCAUCCAAAACCGGAAGCAUUACAAAAUGCAAAACAGUUAGCAAUUAAUUUAAUUCAAACAAUGCAGUCUGAAUUACAGUCAUACAUACAGCAACAACCACCACCAGUACAAUCACAGCAAGUUAUAGAACAGUCGCAAAUACAACAAACAGAAUUUCAAACCAUGAACAUUGGUACUUUGGGACCACCUAAUGUUGUUACUAUACAACAUCAAGACAUAAUUCAACAUCCUCAAAGUAGUGUGGUAACAUUGCCUGCAACAAUUCUUACUGCUACAGUGGCUGGUGCGCCAGGGUCUGGCAUAACAGUUCCUCCACCUGGAGUACACAUUCCUCCUCAUUCUGGGCCAUUGGUGCCACCACCGCAAGCUCAGGAAAUACAAACAUUCAUGCCACCCCCGCCGGUUGGACAAGUGCAAUUAAUUGGACCACCAUCGACAGUCAGUCAAGUGCAAUAUCAGAUCCAUCCUGGACAACCCUUGCAAAUUCAAGGACUUCAACCUGGUUCGCAAUCGUCGCCUCAACCUGUGGCUCAGAUGUACGUGAUGAGUCAGCCACCUCCACAGAAUCCAGCUCAACAAAACUUUAUAACGAGCAGUAGUGCACCGGUUAGCGGUGCAGUUUCCUACGUGUACACGCAACCGAAUGUGCAAAGGUCUUCUACACCUCCCCAAGGAAUGAUCGAAGCCGUCAACGUCAAUUUACAACAACCACCUCCGGCGGCGCCAAUUAACAUAACCCAACAACCACCUCCACCAUUGUUACAUCUUCAUUUUCCACCUCCGAACUUCCCACCAAAUCAACCACCACCUCCUGUACCACAAACUUAUCAAAUACAGUACCAGCAGGUUCAAGCGCCGGUAUCUCAAGCACAAACACAAUUUGUGUUGCAACCUGGCGAACAUAUGGUUCCCCCUCAAUUGCAACAAAACCACGAGCAGUCUCAAGCUGUGGCUCAACAUAUGUUGCCUCCACAAUUCGAAGGUCAUAGUCCACAAUUUCAUCUACAAGUACCUCCACCAUCCACGCAGACUUUUUUGGUCCCCAAUGCUCAGUCUCCACAACACCCGCAACAACAUCCUCUCACUCCUGGAGGUGAAGUUCAACAUCAACAAGAUGGACCGGAUCAGGGUCCUCAACCUCAGCCAGUUCCACCUCCACAAAUUGUACCACCACCAUCAGCGGCUCAAAUGACAAAUUCUAUGAAUGUUCUUACAAGUAUUCCUCCGCCAACACAGGCACCACCUUCGCAAAAUGCCCCAUGGUUAUAUCCACCGCAACAACCACAACAGAUGCUACAAUCUCAGGGUCAAUUGCAGGUCCAAAUGCCACCAGGAAACAUGCCUCUGCAUAAUGUACCUCCGCCACAAGUUCAAGCCCAGAUACAAUAUCAUGCUCAACAUAUGCAGUAUCAGAAUGGUCAUAUGCCACCACAAGUACACUACACUGUGCAGCCACCUCCUCAGCAGUUCGAUCAAAAACCUGAAUCGCCGGAGCAGAAAUCUCAUGGAGUGAAAAGAAGGUUUUCAGACGUUGAAGCGAACCCGGAAACACCACCCUAUCAGUGUGGUCCAUUACCUGCUCAGCGUCAUGGAACAGGAGAAGGUGAACGGCAGCAACAAGUCUUACAUGGUCCAUCACCAACAGCUGCGGGUCUACCUCAUGGAGAUCGAAACAAGCUGCUAAUGCCACCUCCACAUUCAGGUGAAAAACGGAGCAUGGACCAAAAACCUGCAGGCAUAAAUUCAGGAAAUGAACAGAAUCCAAUGGGAGAUUCUGUAAACAUUCAUGCCGGAGGCGGUCCGCCUCUUCCUCCUCCACUUCCUCCACAGGCACCAUGGCAGGCACAUCAUGUCAGAGCACCAUGGGGUAGACCACCACCAAUGCCACGAGAUGGAGACCAUCAAGGAAUGUGUCCCGCUUUACCUCCUACAAAUAUGCCACCACCUCAAAUUAGACCCAGAGGACCUGUUGAAGGCAAUCGAUCGCCUGUUCAAAAUGCGAUGCUGGAGCACCCGAUGAAUGUCGAGUAUAAUCAAAUGCCACAGUACACGACAAAACCUCCCCCUUACAAUUCACACCCAUUGAUGCAAUCCAUUUGUAAUCCACCGCCGCCUCCUCCACCGCAUCAUCAACAGCGACCGCAGCAUCCUCCUCAGUCGAUGCAGCAUUACCAGGUGCCAAUUUCUCAAGCAUAUCAGCCGCCGACUUCCUGUCCACCAUGGAUGAAUUAAAAAACGGAAACAGAAAAACAAAACCAUGACAUUAUACACAACACGCGAACAAAGUACUCUUACGCUAGUACCUUAAGAUGGCCAGGUGCGGCUUGUCCGAUUACAUCGGUGCGUUUCCACUUCGGAUGCUAUACCGAGAUGCGAUGGAACCACGUUAAGCGGACGAACGUUGCAUUGCGUUGUCUUCAUUCGAUUGUUCCUUGUGAUUGUUAAUUAUAAUUUAAAUAUCCGUUACGUCGACAGCGUCGAUGUAGAAUACGCUGUUCUGUGAAAUCGAAAAGAUGUGUACAUGUUAAGAAAAUUAUUUAUAGUGAACCAGUAUAAGGCUUUAGAUAGCAGAACGCUAGUAAUGAAUUUAUAAAUACCGUGUUAACUUAUAAGAAGAGUAAUUCGAUUGGUCAAUUUAGAUGUGCAAAAUCGAGACGCGUUGGUUCGCGCGGUUCGUUUAAACGAAACGACUACUCUUCUGAUCGUCGGUGCAAUGUGGGUGCAUAUAGUUAGAAAGAAAUAACCGGCAUUAGUUCCAAGAGAUGAUAUGCUUUCAAUAUUCACGCACACAGACACACCGCGAGGAAAACCUAGAACUAUGUACUUUUUGUAUUUAUAGGACGUAAUUAAUCCCUUUCUCGAAUUUACCGUACGCUGUAUGUUCCCUUUCUUUAUCAGUACGCCGUAUCUGUUUCUAGAUAGACAAUACAUAUGCGAUAUGUAAGAUUUUCUAUGGAAACGUGAUUAAAUCGUUGCUGACGACCCUACGAUCCGACACAUGGACUUCUCUGUAAGCAACGCUAGACGAAUGUAUCACUGUUACAGUACAACUUCUCUGGUUUUACGAUUUAUGCGAACAGGGUCACUAAUCGCUCCUCACACCCCAUACAUGAUUCUGAUAUAGGAAUUUUUGAAAACAGUAUGGUUCUUUAGCAUUACACGAUCAUGUGCGUCGCGCUCGAACCGAUUGAAUUUGGACUGAUCUACCAAAUUCUUUACUUUGGGUUAAGACACCGUUUUUUUAUGGUUUAGUUAUAAAAAUAUAUUUUCCGAUGGAAUAUAAUUUUUUGAAUAAAUUAAUUUAAUCAGAA